UUCUGCUGCUGUUUCUUGUUUGAGAGUUCCCAGCUCUGAGGUCAGAUUACAUCAUAGUCUGCCUACCUUUUGUCUCAUCAUUGCCAGCCAGCAGUAAUCCUGGUCAGAAUGGAACCGCAUACCUCUGUCUAAUUACUGUGGAAGGUGAUACACCAACACUCGCUUAUUGAAGUUACAUCUCACUUCCCUGCAAAAAACCAUUCCUCAAAGUGAAUAGAAACCAAGCCCUCGUGAACACUUCUAUUGAACAUGACUCAUGGAGAAGAGCUUGGCUCUGAUGUGCACCAGGAUUCUGUUGUUCUAACUUACCUAGAAGGAUUACUAAUGCAUCAGGCAGCAGAGGGGUCAGGUACUGCCGUCGACAAAGCGUCUGCCGGGCGUAAUGAAGAUGAUCAGAACUUUAACAUUUCUGGUAGCGCGUUUCCCACCUGUCAGCGUAAUGGUCCAGUUCUCAGCACACACACGUAUCAGGGAUCUGGCAUGCUGCACCUCAAAAAAGCCAGACUCUUGCAGUCUUCUGAGGACUGGAAUGCAGCGAAGCGGAAGAGGCUGUCUGAUUCCAUCGUAAAUCUAAACGUAAAGAAGGAGGCUCUGCUGGCUGGCAUGGCUGACAGUGCGCCUAAAGGCAAACAGGACAGCAAGGUACUGGCCUCUCUGCUUCAGUCGUUCAGCUCUCGGCUGCAGACUGUUGCCCUGUCACAACAAAUCAGGCAGAGCCUCAAGGAGCAAGGAUACGCCCUGAGUCAUAAUUCUUUAAAAGUGGAGAAAGAUUUAAGGUGCUAUGGAGUUGCAUCGAGUCACUUAAAAACUCUGUUGAAGAAAAGCAAAGCUAAAGAUCAAAAGCCUGAUACCAAUGUCCCUGAUGUCACGAAAACCCUUAUGAGAGAUAGGUUCAUAGAGUCACCUCAUCACGUGGGGCAGGGUGGAACAAAGGUCAUGAGCGAACCCUUGUCGUGUGCUGCAAGAUUACAGGCUGUCGCAAGCAUGGUGGAGAAAAGGGCUAGUCCUGCCACUUCACCCAAACCCAGUGUUGCCUGUAGCCAACUAGCACUGCUUCUCUCCAGCGAAGCCCAUUUGCAGCAGUAUUCUCGGGAACAUGCUUUAAAAACACAGAAUGCAAAUCAGGCAGCAAGCGAAAGACUUGCUGCCAUGGCCAGAUUACAAGAAAAUGGCCAGAAGGACAUGGGCAGUUUCCAGCUCUCAAAAGGCAUAUCAGGCCAUCUUAAUGGUCAGGCAAGAACAUCGUCAAACAAACUAUUGGCUAGCAAAAGUACAGCAUUUCAGAAUCCAGUGGGUAUUGUCCCUUCUUCCCCCAAAAAUGCAGGCUAUAAGAACUCCCUGGAAAGAAACAAUAUAAAACAGGCUGCUAAUAACAGUUUGCUUUUACAUCUUCUUAAAAGCCAGACCAUACCUAAGCCGAUGAACGGACACAGUCACAGUGAGAGAGGAAGCAUUUUUGAGGAGAGCAGCACGCCUACGACCAUUGAUGAGUACUCAGAUCCCAAUCCUAGCUUCACCGAUGAGAGCAGUGGUGAUGAAAGUUCUUACUCCAGCUGUGUUCCCAUAGACUUGUCUUGCAAACACCGGAUAGAAAAACCCGAACCCGACCAGCCUGUUUCUCUGGAUAACUUAACUCAGUCCUUGCUAAACACUUGGGAUCCAAAAGUCCCCGAAGUUGACGUCAAAGAAGAUCAAGAUACCUCAAAGAGUUCUAAGCUAAAUUCGCACCAGAAGGUAACCCUUCUUCAGUUGCUGCUUGGCCAUAAGAAUGAAGAAAACAUGGAAAGAAACAGCAGCCCUCAGGAAGCACACAGCGAUGAGACAAAGUUCAGCACACAGAAUUACCCCCGGACGUCUGUAAUAGAGAGCCCCAGCACCAACAGGACUACUCCCGUGAGCACUCCACCACUGCUUGCAUCCACCAAAGCCGACUCUCCCAUCAACCUUUCCCAACACUCUCUGGUCAUCAAAUGGAAUUCCCCACCGUAUGCCUGUGGCCCCCAGCCCGAAAAGCCAGCGAAUACCGCCUCGAGCCACCUGAUGGACCUUACAAAGAGCAAAGAAUCGCAGGGGGAGAAAGCCAUCCACAAUGAAGGUGCACAAAACUCGGCCACGUUCAGUGCCAGUAAACUGUUACAAAAUUUAGCGCAAUGUGGAAUGCAGUCUUCCGUGUCAGGGGAAGAGCAGAGACCCAGUAAACAGCUGCUGAGUGUAAACACAGAUAAACCUCCAGGUAUGAUUGAUAGACUGAAUAGCCCUCUGCUAGCCAAUAAAACAAGUGCAGUUGAAGAGAAAAAAGCAUUCGGCAGUCACACAAUAGGUCCUGAACCAGGACUCUCUGGGUCUGAAAUAGAAAAUCUGCUUGAAAGGCGCACCGUCCUCCAGUUACUGCUGGGAAAUCCCAACAAAGGGAAGACUGAAAAGAAAGAGAAGAUGCCCUUAAGAGAUGAGAGCACUCAGGAACAUACAGAUAGAGCUUUAAGUGAACAAGUACUGAUGGUGAAAAUAAAAUCUGAGCCUUGUGAUGACUUGCAUCCGCAUGGCGUGGGCAUGCACUUGAGCCACGAGGCUCCAGGCGCCCCCUUCUUAGGGACAGCCCCUCCCGUGCAGAGAAGCGCACCUGCCUUACCAGCAUCCGAGGACUUGAAUCCAGAGCCUGGCUCACCUCAGGAUUUUUCUUUCUCAAAGAACGGUCUGCUAAGCCGAUUGCUGAGACAAAAUCAAGACAGUCACCUGGCUGAUGAGCUGGACAGCAGUCACAGGAACAGUGAACUGACACUUGUAGAAUCGAAGAACCUUUGCAUGGUCCCUAAGAAAAGGAAGCUUUACAGCGAGCCAUUAGAAAACCCCUUUAAAAAGACAAAAAGUAACACAGUCGAUGCUGCAAACAGUCACAGUGCCCCGGAGGUGCUGUACGGGUCCUUGCUUAACCAGCAAGAGCUGAAACUUAGCAGAAGUGAUCUUGAAUUUAAACAUCCUGCCAGUCACGGUUCAGCCAGCGAAAGUGAACCCAGGAAUUGGACCAGAGAGAGCAAAAGCUUCAACGUCCUGAAACAGCUGCUUCUCUCAGAAAACUGCGUGAGAGAUUUGUCUCAGCACAGGAGUAACUCUGUGGCUGACAGUAAAAAGAAAGGACACAGAAGCAGUGUGACCAACAGCAAGCCUGAAUUCAGCAUUGCUUCUCUAAACGGACUGAUGUACGGUGCCGCUCAGCCCGGCGGUUGCAUGGACAGCAGGACCUUUCCAUACCCAGGUGUCGGAAGGGCCGCCCUGAGUCCUCCUUUCCCUGAGCACUUGGGCUGCACAGGGUCUAGACCAGAAGCUGGGCUUGUGAACGGGUGUUCCAUGCCCAGUGAGAAAGGACCCAUUAAGUGGGUUAUAACAGAUGUGGACAAGAAUGAGUAUGAGAAAGACUCUCCAAGACUGACCAAAACUAACCCAAUACUCUAUUACAUGCUCCAGAAAGGAGGCAAUUCUGUUACCAGUCGAGAAACACAGGACAGGGACAUUUGGAGGGAGCCUUCAUCUGCUGAAAGUAUCUCACAGGUUACAAUCAAAGAAGAGUUACUUCCUGCUGCAGAAACUAAAGCUUCUUUCUUUAAUUUAAGGAGCACUUAUAAUAGCCAUAUGGGCAAUAAUGCUUCUCGCCCACACAGCGCAAACGGAGAAGUUUAUGGACUUCUGGGAAACAUGCUAACAAUAAAAAAGGAAUCAGAAUAAAAUGGACCUGCCACCCAACUUUGGAUCUUUUUAAAACUAAUGAACUUGAGACCUGUAUAAAUAAGCGCAUGAUUUGAGAAAAGCAUGGUAUAAUUGAAACUUUUUCGUUUUGAAAAGUAUUGGUUAAUGGUGAUGUUUAAAUAUGCAGACUACUUUUUGCUUCAUGUUAAAUGUCAUGAGGAAGCUGCUGAACUAGCAAUUGGUUGUUUGACACCUUCUGUAUGCAUCAGACAACAACUGUGAGUAGCCCAUGAAUGAUAAUUCUUUUUUUAAUCACAGAUACUAGGCAUAAAUUAAAAUAUAAAUCUCCAUCCAGCAGAUUAAUGCAUUGCUGCCU